AUGAUCGUUUAUGGCCGGAAAGAGCCGUUCGGGUACAUCUACGGACUCGCCUCUGUUGUCGUUUUGAAGGCCUGGCGGAAGCGCUGGUUCGUGCUGCGCCGGGGACGGAUGAGCGGGAACCCGGACGUCCUGGAAUACUACCGGAACAACCACUCCAAGAAGCCCAUCCGGGUCAUCGACCUGAAUGAAUGCCAGGUGCAGAAGCACGCCGGGCCCAGCUUCAUCCGGAAGGAAUUCCAGAACAACUUUGUGUUCAUCGUCAAGACGGCCUACCGCACGUUCUACCUGGUGGCCAAGACGGAGGAGGAGAUGCAGACGUGGGUGCGCCACAUCAGUCACAUCUGUAACUUCGGACACUUGGACGACGGCACGGAUUCUGUGGAGAGCCUCUCACACACCAACUCUUCUCUUCAGCCAUCUCCUGCCAUUUCCCUGCAUGCCUCCCGGGAUACCGACCCCUCCUUCUCAGGAGACAAUUCCACGGCGGACGCCUUAGCCGCCGAGGAAACCACGAGUGAGUCCGAGUCCCUGCUCCUGCCUGAUUAUCUCUUCUUGUCCAACUGCGAGACCGGGAAACUGAACCCCAACAGAAUGGAAUUCCCUUCCCUCGGGGCCCCCAUCCGGUGCGACAGCUGGUCCAACUCCGACCGAUCCUUGGAGCAGACUUCCUCAGACGACGUUUUCGUCGACCCCCUGCCGUGCCAGCCGGCCCUAACCCUGCCGCCCCCGCCGGGCAGCGGCAACGGCCUCCCGGACGCGGCCCCCCCCGGGGCUCACCCGGCCCCGGCCCGGACUCUAGACGCCAGCGGACCGCCCGGCGACUUCUCGCCCUCCUCCCCGUCGCUGGUCCCGCCUCUGACCCCCACCUUUCAGGGGGAGAAGAGCCAGGCCAAGUUGCCCUACGGAGUGACAGAGCUGGACGUCAUGUGCAACACCCCGCCGCCGCGACCCCCCAAGCCCAGCCACUUCUCUGAACGGCGCCAGGAAGAGCAGCUCCUGCAGAAUGGGCACGGGGCGGGCAGCAGGGGUCUCAAGGGCACCGUGGUACCCAGAAGAAUCUCCCUGUCCAGUUUAGAUGCCAUGAAGAACUGGAGAGCUGAUCUGGAAGGCAGUUGCUUAAGAAGUCGAGACAAGAGGCUAAGUUUAAACCUGCCGUGCAGAUUCACCCCGCUGUACUCGUCCACGUCGGACAGCUCGGAAGACAGUUAUGUCCCCAUGCACCCCAGUGCCUCGUCCCCCGUGCCGGGCCUGGACUGCAACCCCGACGGCUACAUCCCCAUGAGCCCCGGAUCCUCCGUUUUCACCUUCCCCGUGGUCAGCAUCGAGAAGCUCUCCAGUCCCCUGCCCAGCCUCCCCAAGGACAUGGAGCCCCCCCCGGUCAACCGAGACCUCAAGCCUCGCCGGAAGUCACGCCCACCCCCGCUGGACCUGAGGAACCUGUCUACCAUCCGGGAACACGCCGCCUUGGCUAGGACCUGGACCGUGCCUUACAAUCGAACGAGCUUCAUAUCUCCGGAGAGAGACGGUAUUAAUUCAGCGAGAUUAUUUGCCAGUUCGGUUUCCGGAGAAGAGGAAGAGAGUUACAUUCAAAUGGAGCACAGGCAAGCGACCUCCCCUUGCAACGGUGCUUUCCCGUGGCCGAAGAAGUUCAACUUGGACUACUUAGCACUGGAUUUUAAUUCAGCUUCUCCGUCCCCUGUACAAAAGAAGCCUUUUCUUUCGGAGGAGCAGAGAGUGGACUACGUCCAAGUAGACGAACAGAAAACCCAAGCCCUCCAGAACACUAAGCAGGAAUGGACCGAUGAGAGGCAAUCGAAAGUCUGAGGGAGAGGGAGUCCGGGCUCACUGGGGAUGGUUGGGGUGGAGUUGGUUUUUCGUUUUUUUUUUUGUUUUGCACUAGUACCGCACUGUUAAUGAGGCAGCUGGAUGCGACGGUCAUUUCAGAGCCAGGACAAACGGACAGUCUCGGCGGCCUCGAUAAGCAUUUUUUGACUGCUCGAUGCGAGAAGUCUGAUGGAUGAACGACUACUGACUGGGGAAUUUACACAUCAUUCUCCGCCCCCUCAAGGGGACAGCCUGUGGCCCAUUUGCACGAGGGGUCCCAAGCCACGCUUCCCCCCCCUUUCCGACGAGUGCCACCUACCAUGAGUGCCACACCUCCUAGGGUCGAGGGUAUCCUGCAGCCCACUGGGCUCGGUAGGCAUAGAAACGCUCCCUCCGGGAAUGCUGUGGAAGGCUCUGGAAGGCAGCAGCUAUUGGGAUUCAUCUACUGGGAUAAUGGAAAGGUUUCCCAGAAACACUCCCUCUGGGACGGUUGUGGAAAGAUCUGCAAGGUGGCACCCGUUUUGGAUCCAUCUGCUGGGAUAACAGCAAGAUUUUUUAGAAACGGUCCCUCCGGGAAGGCUGUGGAAGGAUCCGGAAGGUGGCAGCUACUGGGAUAACAGAAAGGUUUCCUAGAAACACUCCCUCUGAGAAGGUUGUGGACGGACCUGGAAGACGGUAUCCGUUUUGGAUCCAUCUGCUGGGAUAACGGCAAGAUUUCUUAGAAACGGUCCCUCCAGAAAGGCUGUGGAAGGAUCUGGAAGGUGGCAAUUAUUGGGAUCCUUCCUCCAGGAAAACAGAAAGGUUUCCUAGAAACACUCCCUCCGAGAAGGCUGUGAGAGGAUCUGGAAGGUGGCACCUAUUGGGAUUCAUCCUCCGGGAUAAUGGAAAGAUUUCCCAGAGCAGGGAAAGGAGGAGAGCCCAGAAGCCCCCAGAACAAAGGCCAAAUUUGGGUAAACCAUUUCCCCCCGGGGAUCUGGGGUGAAAGAGAUCAGGAUUGAUGUUUUGGGCGAGACAAGGAAUGCCAACAUCUAGUGAGGGCACCUCAUUUUCCACGUGGUUACAGAACACCUUUCCGUUGCCUCCCUUUCGCCAUCGCUCCGACCUUCUCCUGCCCCGAGCCCCCAAAUGCUUCUGCCGUAGCCAACACCACCGUUCCAAAGGCGGGUCCCUCUGGAGCGAAAUUCACAGCACAGAGAGGUAGUUCCCUGCCCGCCUCAGAAAACCACCCACCAACAAGCCUUUGUUGUCUAGAGAAACAACAAAAAAACAACAAAAGGAAACCCCCAAAUGCCCCAGGUAGGGUUUGGCAUGUCUCUGCCUGGCUGGCAGUGGGUCAAAAAUGCUUUCCAUGGAACUGCAGAAGGAAGAAUGGGCUUGGAAUUUCCGGCGACAGUUGCCUAGCGGAUCAGUUUAGCAGCCGCCCAUCGUGAAAUGAGGGGCAAACGGCAAGUUGCUCUCCGGGAGAGUCACCCACGGGGCUUCAGAGGGAGGCAGCCAUAUCGGAAACACCACAUGGCUGCUGGCAAACAGCAGGCGAAAACACUUCAGCAGGGUGAAAAAUCGUUUUAUUUACCUUGGCAUUGGCAUUGGGGAAUUUGGAUCAGAGCAGGAUCUGAUAAGGUUGUUAUUUCACGAUGUGUUCAAGCGUGCUGGUCCGCUCCCUCUCCCUCACCCCGGCCCCGCUCCAGAGUCUGUGUUUCCAAGCACUCCUCCUCAGUUCGCACUUGGUGUCUUCUGAAGAGCGAGUCUCCUGACUUUUCCAGGAAGACCACCUGCCCUCUGCCGCAGAAUAUCUCCUGUUAGGCUUUCCUCCCGGCUGUCAGUCAGUGGACUCUUGAAAUGGAGAUGGGAGUGAGUGGUAUUUAGGUGGAAGAAGUGCCUCCCCCUUUUCUGGGGUUGGAGGUCCUCCUGCCUUUUCCCCCAUCCUCCCUUUCCCCCUCCCUCUUUGUGGCCCUACAUCUUAAUCCUCGGUCCCCGUUCCCCAAGCUGACCGAGACCGCAUUCAUUCCUACCUCAAGGUGUUGAGCUCCCUGGCCGUUCCUGCUGAUUUAGCCAGCGCAGCUUGAGGCGGAAUUUGUUUUCUCCACUGGGAGUGGCGCAGAGGUGCAGGGUUCCCGGUCCUCUGGGCAUAAAUGGUGUAAGUCCCGCGAUGCGGAUGUGGAGUUUGGAUGGGCCCCCUCAUGCCCACACCGACACGCUCACGUCACACCAACAGUGGCCCUUGCCCGACUCGGGUCAGAAAUGGAGUGGGUCUUCAAGUCUUGCCCCGACUCAACCCUCCCUUUGUGCUUUGCAGGGCUCACGCUAUCCCCGGGCACAUUCUGAUCCAUGUACUUUCACAGGCAUGUCUGUGCUACCUCCGCCUGCUCUCAGAAUGAGGCAACUUCUUCUCCCUCCUGGGCCUGUUUUUCAUUUAACACAGUACAGUGCACAUAAUACUCUGCACGUAGUAAACAAUCAAUAUGAUUGAAUGAAUUUAACUGCGUGUGGAAAUGACAAGCCUCCUCCGAGUCCUGGGUUUCCCGAGUACCCCAACCUGGAGACUGGGUGCUGGAUGGAUUUUUAAGGGAAACCUGUCCUAGGUGCCCCGUUACCCACCGGCACACCCAGACAAGCAUUCCUGUUCUCUCAUAAGGCGGGACAGGGCACCCAGUAGGCACAGAUGCUCCUUGCUGAUAAAGUCACCAAGCACCCUCUGAGGUCGAGAAGCCCGCGACGCUCAGAUCACCGCCCAGCUCUAACUCGGGCCGUUCCUUGGGGUUAGAAAUUCCUCAUUUCCACAUGCCCGAGCUGGGAUCCCACUCCCCGGCAUGGCAGACUGUAAAAUGAUCUCUGCCACCCACCGCCUAGUCCGUAUUUAUUCCCUUUGGAACUAACGCAAAACCCCGUUAAGGAGUUCCCAUGUGCGGGACCCUUACCCCAGGAGGCCCAGUGAAUCCCUGGGGUCCCAUGGAGAGGUCCGUAAUUCUCUCUGCCGAGGACACGCUUGGUUGCUGGCACCUUGGAAAACGUCACGAGCGUUCCGUGGUGUUUCUGUUCGGGUUUCCCAAACAGACUUUGCCGUGCCAAGGGCUUUAGUUCCAUGUCGGAUCCAAAGCCGUUUUUGCCGUAGGCUGGCUGGGGUGGAUCCUUUUGUUUUUGGCUGAUGGGAGCUGCCCUCCCGCCUCCCGCGGGCCAACCUGAACCCCACAUCGAGGAGCCGGAACGACCAGGGCCGCGGCUGCGAUCGCCUCCCGCUGUCACUUCUCUGAGAAAGGAAACUGGGGUGCUGCUUCAUCCGAGCUAGGGGAUGAUUCCAGGUCACAGGGAUGAUGAUGGUGGUGGUAUUUGGUAAGCGCCUACUAAGUGGUGGGGUAGAUACAAGAUAAUCAGGUAGGACACAGUCCUCGCCUAGAUGGGGCUCACGGUCCCUAAUCUGCUAUUUUUCAUUGCGGCGUUUUCCCUCCCCUGAAUUUAUGGGUUUCCCCUUGGCACAUGUGUGGAGAGAACCCAUUCCAAAUUAGCACCACCUAGUGCCUUUCCACCGGGUGGCAUUUAUUAGGACUGUCAAGUUGAAAAUCCAGCAAAGCAGAGGGGGAGGUUUAACUUUAAAAAUGGCUCCUUCGCCCAUAACCAAGGCCCGUGGGAAAUUCCUGGUCCAAGGCGGGCUUCGAGGCCACCCUUCAGCUACUGUGUGAACAGAGAAAGAGCGUGACCUAUGGAUAGAGCACGGGCCUGGGAGCCAAAAGGACCUCGGUUCUAAUCCUGGCUCGGCCACUUAUCUGC